AUUUAUGGAAUUUGAGAAAUUGGACAGAGAGUCGAGCCUCUGUGGCGCCAUGUUCUUCCUGCGAGUUCACUCAGUGGACGCCGACCACCCUCUCCAUUCCCAAACCAUCUUCUCAGUUCUACAAUCACAGUCAAAAUCACAAUCACGAUCCCAAUCCCCAAACCCUAAAUUGAGCGAACGCAGAGGCGCACUGCACUUGUUCCGAAGCCCCUCUCACUCCUCAGUCCCAUCCUCUCUUCUCUUCAUUCUCGCCGUUCCCAACUACCUCUCCUUCGAUGACUUCCUUCGAUUCUGUGGUCCCCACCUCGACCCCCUCCACCACCUUCUCUUCAUCAGGAACGACGGCACCGAGGAUCGCUACAGCGUCCUCAUCAAUUUUCUUGAUCAAUUUUCGGCUGAUGCAUUUUAUAACAACUUCAAUGGCAACAAGUUUUCCCCUGCCGAGGCAGAGAUAUGCCAUAUUCUGUAUUUGGUAUCGGUGGAGUACUCAGAAUAUGCACAAGUUGCUAUGACUCCUCCUGCAGGUUGUACGGAAAUACCAACUUGUCCUGUUUGCCUUGAGAGAUUGGACCCAGACACAAGUGGGAUACUCACAACGCUUUGUGACCAUUCGUUUCAAUGCCCUUGUGUCUCAAAAUGGACGUACUUAUCUUGCCAAGUCUGUCGUUUCUGUCAGCAACAGGAUGAGAAGCCAACCUGUUUUGUUUGUGGAACGUUAGAUGAUCUAUGGGUUUGUAUGAUUUGUGGAUUUGUUGGAUGCGGAAGAUAUAAAGAAGGGCAUGCUAUUCAGCAUUGGAAGGAUACUCAGCAUUGCUAUUCACUUGAUUUUAAAACACAGCAAAUUUGGGAUUAUGUGGGUGACAGUUAUGUCCAUAGACUGAACCAGGACCAGUCUAAAAUUGAUGGCAAGUUGGAGAUGAAUUUUCGCUGUAUGUCACUGGAAGGAGAUUGUCGUACGUGUGAAUGUCAUGAAGAUUUAGGAAUUGAUGGGGCCCUUUUCAACAGCAAAGUUGAAGCAAUUGUGGAUGAAUACAAUUGUCUUCUUGCAUCUCAGCUGGAGACUCAAAGACAAUAUUAUGAAUCCGUACUAGUAGAGGCGAAAAGUAAAGUGGAAAGUUCCAUAUCUGAAGCAGUGGAGAAAGCUGCAACUUCUGGAAUGCAGGAUAUGCAAAAUGAGCUGGAAAAGUAUACAGAAGAAAGAAAUGCCAUUGCUGAGGUCAAUCAGAAACUCAUAAAAAAUCAAGAGAUUUGGCGAAAUAAGGUUAAAGAAGCUGAAGAGAGGGAAGCUGCAUCAAUAAAACUGAUGAAUGAGAGGAUACUUGAUUUGGAGGAACAGAUUAGAGACAUCAAGAUUUUUCUAGAAGCACAAAAAACAAUUGAUAAGAUGUCAGAUUCAAAUGGAAUCAAGGAGGGAACAGUCUUACCAGUGUCUUAUGAGCAAUCUUUGCCUGGCAACAGUAAGAGAAACAGGAAGUCUGGUCGAAGGCGGAACUAGUUGUAACCCCAACCAGCACGCACUCAAACUUACGGAGAUUAGUCUGCGUUUAAGGAGGGAAGGGCACUGCUUCUGAAUCACGGAAACUUUGUGUUGAGCUAGAGGGAUAUCCAACUAUGGGCCUUCGGUUUCUGUCUGUAUAUUUUAGAUGCUGUAUGCUUGGUGCUUGUAAACAGUUAGUUCAACCAAUUUUGUGGUACUAAGCCAUUCCCAGAGACCAGUUUGUGAAGCCCGUUCAUGGUUAUGAUGGUAAUUGACUUAGCUGCUAUAGUAAAUAUUAGCAAAGCCUUACAAUUCGACUCCAACGCAACUUAAAAGAAUGUUCAAAACGUAUUCUCUGACAUAUUUUUUUGAAACUCUAUUAUUGAUCGCAUUUAUUGAGAC